UGCCCCGGCGGUGGAGCGGCCCCGGGGCGCGGUGAGGGGAGGUCGGGCUGGCUCCUGGAACCGCUGCUCAGCGGGGAAACCUCCCCCCGGCCCUGGCCGGGACAGCGGGGACCCGGGCAGCCGCCAUGGACUCCGGCAGCGAGACCCACGAGCUGAACGGGACGGCGGAGGGCGCGGAGUCGGCGGAGGAGCGGCGCAGAACGUGGCAGUGGUUCCAAAGGAACAGACCCAUCAACAUCAACCACUAUGCCAACAAGAAGAGUGCAGCUGAGAGCAUGCUGGACAUCGCCCUGCUGAUGGCCAACGCCUCCCAGCUCAAAGCUGUCAUGGAGCAAGGACCCUCCUUCUCCUUCUACAUCCCACUGAUCGUUCUCAUCAGCCUGUCGCUCACCCUGCAAGUUAUGGUGGGAGUGCUCCUGAUAUUCCUUGUAAAAUAUGACCUUAACAACCCUGCAAAACACGGAAAGGUGAAUUUCCUCAACAACCUUGCAACUGGACUAGUAUUCAUUAUAGUAGUUGUGAAUAUUUUUAUCACUGCCUUUGGAGUACAGAAACCAGUUGCAGAGUCAGCAUCAAGACAGUGAGGACCAGAGACCUGGAACAUUCACUGUAGAUGCCAUUUGCACUUGAGCCAGCUACACUGGUCACAGUGGGAAGGAAAAAUGAUUUGAAGAAGCUGGACACACCAAGCAGCUUUCUCAAGCUUCCAACACACUUGCAUACCUGAAAUUUUCCCAUGUGUUAAUAUCUAAACUGUUUGGCAUCUAAGAAAAGGUUGAUUUUGCCCCAAGGACACUGUUUUUCUGGAAUACUGGCAUUUCAAUUUCUGAAGAAACUUAAUUUUUUUUCGGAGAAGCGACGCAAACACAUAGAACAAGGAAAUAUCAUCUUGUAGCAAUUCACGAGACUUUUCUUUUUACAUGGCUUUGGUUUUUGUGGCAAUUUGUCAUUUCCACCAUGGUAGGAAAUGUCAGGCCUUUGAUUCUGGUGUGGAGACGUUGUCCUUUAUUUCACAGCUUGCCAGCAAGCCCAUGUGCUGUGUAGCCCAGCAGGGCUCUUCCUUUGCAGCGUGUAAAGGUAGCUGUGCCUUGUUUUUCUUUUCUUCCACUCUAGCUAAAGCAAAGAUGAGACAAACAGAAACAAACAGCAUUCUUUUUUCUUUCACAGGUAAUCAUUUGUAUUGUUUCUUCUGGACACACUUAAAAUUCCCAUGUCCUUCAUUAGGUUAUAGCAAUAACCUAAUUGUUAAUGGUUUCGUACCAUGAACUGCUAUUCUGUGCAUUAUAUGUUUUUAUUUGAGUCAUGGAGUGGUUUGGUUUCAAGGGACCUUUAAAGGUCAUCUCGUUCCACCCCUGCC